GAUAAUUCGGGUGUAGCGCCCAAAAGCGAUAAGUAUCACCCUGGAAAAGGCAGAUCCCAGCAUUGUUCCAGAGGAUGGAAUUCUCUUCCCAUCACAUUCGUCUUCUGCAGCAGUUGGAUGAACAGCGGCAGAAGGAUCUCUUUUGUGACUGUCACAUUAUAGUGGAAGGGCAGAUGUUUAAAGCACAUCGUAAUGUACUGUUUGCCAGUAGUGGUUACUUCAAAAUGCUUCUGUCUCAAAGCUGCAGGGACAUGGGUGAGCCAAUCACAGCCACCUUUGAUGUGUUUUCUGCUGACACGUUUACAGCCAUCCUAGACUUUGUUUAUUCAGGCAAAUUGCCUCUUUCUGGACAAAAUGUUAUUGAGGUUAUGUCUGCAGCCAGCUAUCUUCAAAUGACCGAUGUUAUUGGUGUUUGCAAAAUGUUUAUCAAAUCCUCCUUGGACAUAAAUGAGAAGGACAGAGAUGGUUUCUUCAGCCUUUCAGACAAGGAUGCUGGCAGUAAUGGUUCUGGGCUUUAUGCUGCAGGUUGGAGGACUGAGAGCAGCCCAACACAUACACAUGAUACCGCAGAGCAUGGCAGCUUUAUUGCUGGUUAUAAUUACCCCCCUCCAAUUACCUCACGGUUGCAGCGCCCUUUCUCUAAGCACCCACGCAAACCUGAGCUUGUUCGCAAGCAUCGUAGGCGCCUACUGCCAGAACCUCUGACACCAGCACCACUCAGUCAUAUUCCACUGGGUGACUUGGUGGGAGGCUCAGCAGAAUGUAUGCUGCAUGAUGAGGAAACAGUUGAGAGUGUGUCACAGGAAGAGGAAAGAACCCAAACACAGGAGUCCAUAAUAAGUAUUAAAGAUGAGGAUGAAGAUGCUGCAUCUCACAGCUGGCCUGAAUCUCCUCAGCAAGAGUCUCUGGACCAGGGUCCAGCUCUUCAUAUAACCAAGGCAGAAGAGCUGUACAAGGCAAUGCCUACCAUGCUGGGAGGAGUAUCUGGAUGGGGUGAAGAUGAACUAAGUUCUGGGAGGUUUAAAUGCCCUUUCUGCACCCAUACCGUGAAACGUAAAGCCGAUCUAAAACGUCACCUGCGAUGCCACACAGGAGAGCGACCUUACCCAUGUGAAGCCUGUGGCAAGAGGUUCACUAGACUGGAGCACUUGCGCAAUCACUUUCAGACAAUUCAUGAGGCUGGUAAACUAAUCUGUCGAAGGUGCAAACUUCCAGUAACCAAAGUAACCGGUCGUGUUAUUCAGGAUGGGACAAGGAGAUACCGCCUUUGCCAUGCAUGUCUGGCAGAAGCUGGCUUGGAUAACGUCAACUUUGACUAUGGAGAAGACCAGCCAUUGGUGUUACCACCUGAAAAUGAGAGGGAACAUUGCUGGAAUUUCAAGGAAGAAGGAAGAAAGGAAAAUGGGAGUGAGCGUGCAGAGUCAGACCUAGCUAUACAGGAGGUGGUAGACAGCGAAGAUGAUGAGUUGAAAGAAAAACAAGACUAAAGUUGUGUUGGAUGUUAAAAACUGAAUUAAAUAUAUGAAUUCUUCGUA